AUGGGGUAUUUCCGAAACACCGAUGAUAUAUCUGCUGUUUUUCAGGUCCACGGAAAGGAGGACACCAUCCCGGCGGCAAGGACUCGCUCGAAUACGGACCGUCGUGUGGCCCGUGGAGAAGACGCCGCUGCGGCCAUCACCGCCAGUGUGACGAGCUGUACGAAAAAAACCGAGACCGGCCGGAAUACAACACUCCCCGUGGCCCCGGGAAAACGCCGUCCGCGCCACGGGUCGGCUUCUCUCCGGCCUACGCAGCGAGGAUCGCUUCUUGGACGCCGGCCGGAAGAACGUCGGCCGAGUAGAUCCAAACGAGAGCGCGUCAAAGAAUUAUCGUAGGUUUAGAAGAUUAUUUUAGAAGGUCGUUGAGAAACUGGCCAGCGAAUGGAAUACGCAUUGUUAUUAGGUAUGAAAACACAGUUCUUCAGUUUUCACGUUUUUCGUUUAACCGUCCGACAAAUUUGUUUCAAUACGUUACUUAUGUUACUCGUUUUUUUUUUGCAUGUGUCAUUCAUUUUUUUUUUUUUUUUU